GAUUCCGUUCAUUCAGUGCCUCAAAGCAGCUUAAAUUAGAAUGAUCAGAGUUACUACGUGCCUGUUGGUGUUUGUAUACUUUGUCUUUUAUAUCGAUCAAAACUAUGCCGCCACCAAAGUGCUUUACGAAUUUCACAUUAGGGAAGCCAACCAACAGCGAGAUGAGAAGGGGGAGCUCAAGGAUUCGUCCGAGGAAUCUGGCGAGGAACCCGAACUGAUCAUCACCGGCAAACGAACCUCUUCGUACGUUUUUCCCAUCAAGGAUAACAACUAUGUGUACGUGGAAACGGCCACCUAUGUGGCGGAUAACAAUGGUUACCAUGUCAAGUACAACAUCACCUUGGAUACCGUGGAACUUGACCGCCGUCUCAGCGGACAAGCACUUAAGACCACCGCCGGUUAGGCGGACACAUCGAGUAUUAAGUAUUAACCUAGUGACUAAGUCGUAGUUGUAGCACAUAAUACAUUAUUUAUUCGAACUAGAAAGUGACAAGUUCUCACAGCGCCAUUGCAAAUAAUAAACGCAACUUUGAAAGCGAGUUUGUGGCAAACAUUAAGUGGAA